AUGUCCGGGGAGGAAGUAUUGGGUCCCUCGGGCUCCCCAGGGCCUGGGACAUGCAUGGGGGAUAUCCCCUCACUUAAGGAGCUGGAGCAGCUCCUGAACACUGGGCGGCCCUCUUGUAACCACGUCGAUGAAGUGUGGCCUAAUCUCUUCUUGGGAGACCUAGUAACAGCUCACAACAGAUUUGUUUUGUGGAAGAUGGGUGUUACCCAUGUUUUAAAUGCUGCCCACGGCACAGUGUACAGCCAUGGAGGCCAGGACUUCUAUGGAGCUACCAUUGAUUAUUAUGGUGUGCCAGCACAUGACCUCCCCAGCUUUGAUAUAAGCCAGUUCUUUUUCUCUGCGGCAGAAUUUAUCCACAAAGCCCUGAACACACCAGGAGCUAAAAUUUUGGUACAUUGUGCAGUUGGAGUAAGCAGGUCAGCAUCUCUAGUCCUAGCAUAUCUCAUGAUAAAUCACCACCUGCCAUUGAUUGAAGCCAUCAAAACAGUGAAGGAACAUCGAUGGAUUUCACCCAAUCGUGGCUUUUUAAAACACCUGCGAAAUUUGGAUGUUCAGCUACGGCAAAAGAAGGGCUGCUGA